AUGGUGUUAAACAUGGCUUCUGAGGCUGCUCAGAAUUUCCUUCAGCCACUGUCUUCUUGGAUGUCUCAAAUAUAUGAAGCUAUCCAACAAGCUGGAGAUUCUAUAUCUGCUUCCCUGCUGAAUUUGAGUGGAGUGGGUCGUAAGUCAGAAGAAGAAGAGAGGAACCAGGAUGUGGAGAAUAAUGGAGGCGUUUAUGAGGACUAUUCUGAGGAAUCAGAUGGUGAACAAAACUUGGAUCUCUGGGAUGAGGAAUACUUCUAUCCAAGGGAAGAUGGUCACAUUGAGGGUCCUGAUCUUGCUUCAGAAGACCUCCCUCAUGGCUCUGACAUGGGUCCACAGAGGCAAAAACUGGUUAAAAAUACCAGCAGCUUACCAGAGCAGUGUGUUGAAAGCACCAGGUCUUUGACAGCCAAUGGAUUCUACUGGACAAAUGAAGAUCUCCAGCUGUUUGAGCGGCUUCCUCCCAUAGCUGAGGAAGAAGGUGAGCCCUCUGUGAGGAUAGGAGGUCAUAAGCACAACCUCAGCUUGGGUGGCUCCUUAAAAAAUAAUAUUGGCAAGGCAAGUUUUGCAGAUCUGGAUGGACUAAGCCAACUGAGUUACCAAGACAACCUAUUCUGUCGUGAAGAUGACCAUGUAUCUGUUGAUUCAAGAACAACAAUUGAAAGCAGGGGAGCUGGGCAGUGUAAAGGGCCCAGGAUGGAGCCCAGCAUUGUUGAUGGCAUUAGCCAGCAAGCCAUGGAUGGAUGUUUGGAAACGGAGACACCAUUUACCAACCAGGGAUUGGAAGUAAAUGAUGCUACUGACAGCUCAUCAGCUUGGAGCCCUGAGGAACAUGAUGAAUUGCACAGUGUACCAGCCCAUCAUGGUGCUCAUGAGCCCAUCUGUAAAUGUGGUGACCUAGAUGUCAUCUUCAGCUAUACACCCUCAAGUCAAAAGUUAGUAGUUACUAUCUUGGAGGCCAGAGAUAUCCCAGACAAAGACCGCAGUGGUGUGAACACCUGGCAAGUCCACGCAGUCCUGCUGCCUAGCAAGAAACAGAGGGGUAAGACAAGUGUUCAGAGAGGAUCCAUCCCCAUGUUCAAUGAUAAAAUUACCUUCAGUAAGCUGGAGCCAGGGGACUUAAGCAGCCACGCUGUUCGUUUCCGCCUCUAUGCGGUGCAGAAGAUGAUUGGAGAGAAGAUGAUGGGAGAGCAGUUGUUCUACCUGAGCAACAUCAGCCGGGAAGGGGAAGCAAAGGUGACAUUGGUCUUGGAGCCAAGGAGUAAUUUGAGAAGUGCAGACUCUCAGCUUAGUCUGUCAGCCAUCUCUCACAGUGAUAGCACUUCCUCAACACAGUCCCUGUCUCAUGGAGGGGUGCCAGAGCUGCUCGUGGGAUUGUCAUACAACGCAACGACGGGGCGGCUGUCAGUGGAGAUGAUCAAAGGCAGCCAUUUCCGAAACCUCGCCAUUAAUAGGCCACCUGACACCUAUGGAAAACUUUGCCUGCUCAACUCUGUGGGCCAGGAGAUGUCUCGCUGCAAGACCUCCAUCCGCCGAGGACAGCCCAACCCUGUCUACAAGGAAACUUUCAUCUUCCAGGUUGCCCUCUUCCAGCUCUCUGAUGUCACACUAAUGAUCUCCAUAUACAACAGGCGCAGCAUGAAGCGCAAGGAGAUGGUUGGCUGGAUUUCUAUGGGUCAGAACAGCAGUGGAGAGGAAGAGCAGAGUCACUGGCAGGAAAUGAAGGAGUCCAAGGGGACACAGGUCUGCAGGUGGCACACGCUGCUGGAGUCCUAAUGGUUACCAGGGCAGCCUGUGGGUCUUGGGACCAUGGGCUGUCUUCCCUUGUCCUCAGUCAGCAAAAAAAAGCUAUUCCAUGGCAAGCACUGUGCUCUGACAGGUCAUGU